AUGCUUGAACAGGAUCUGACUCAUUUACCUGAAGAUGUUCGCGAGCAGUUGGCGAUUUUGGAGUUAGAAUUAAGCGAAGGUGAUAUUACACAAAAAGGCUACGAAAAGAAACGGAGCUUGAUCUUUGCGAAAUAUUGUAAAGGCUACAGUGCAGGUCCUGGCCAGUCCAAAUGCAGUCCCGGUACUCGUGCUCGUCGUCAACAUCAACGACGCCUCACCCGAGAUGAGUCAAGAUUCCAUUCAGAGAUUCGAGCAGAAGCAGUACAACAAGCGCUGGCGGAAUAUUCGCACGGCAACAAAGUUCUUCCUGGUGUUGUCCAACCUGUCAAGCGCGCUUCUGAAGCUCGUUGUCACCUCAGCCGUGCGUCAGGUCCUUCAAGCAACGGAGCUGUAAGUUUUUCGACUCCUCCCGAUGUUACAGGAGGUGCAGCUGUUGAAGCUAUGCUACGGAGAGUUCAAGAACAGCAUGAAUCUAAGCCUCAAAUUCAUCGUGAAACCGAAGCUAGUCCAAAAAUGACGUCAUCCUCUCCGGAUGUUGAUGCGGGCAGAGUUCCGGUGAAGUCAGGUGGAGGUGUUGACCAAUCAAGCAUUGGUGGCGAUGUUGAACAGGUAACAUGUCUGAAAGAUGAAGCCGUUUACGUUAACCGAGAUAGAUUAAGAUCUCCGAACGGCCGUACAACACCACCGAAUUUGAAUUACCAGAAUGCCGUUUUUCGAAAGUUUGCGGAAAUAAUGUACAUGUUUCUAGUGCAAAAAAAGUUGCCAAAACUAUCACACAAGCUGCAACAAGUGGUGAACUGCUUACAGACAGCGAUCGUAUCACAUUUCGCGCAUAUCAAUGAUCACGCUCCUGUGGUGCUCAAUCAUAGUGUGUUGCUGAGUCAGACUGAAAAAAAUAUGAUGGAUGGAGAGAACGAGAUUGAAUACUAUCGUCUUGUUUGA